AUGGAGUUAGAGCAAGUUCUACAUAUGAAUGGAGGAGAUGGAGAUAAUAGCUAUGCUAACAACUCUUCACAACAGAAAGAGGUCAUCUUGAAAGCUAAGCCCCUGCUACAAGAAACCAUGACUGAAUUCUAUUGCAAUAACUUCCCAGACUGCAUCAGAUUUACAGAUAUGGGGUGCUCUACCGGGCCUAACGCACUUUUGCCUACAUGGGAAAUUUUAGAUGCCCUUCACAAAACCUGUCACAGCUUGAACCGAAAGCCACCUCUAUUGCACGUCUUUCUCAAUGAUCUUCCUGGAAAUGAUUUCAACAAAAUUUUUAAAUCACUUCCAGGGUAUAUCUUUUUGACCUGGGUGCAGGUCUAUGGAAACAAUGUGGAGAUUCAAGCAUUAUCUGAAAUGUAUAAUCGGCCUAUCCAUAUUUAUUCCUACAGUACAGAACCCAUCAACAUAUUUCAUGGAAGCUACAAUACUGACACGCCUCCCAUACGGUUAAGUUAUCAUCAUGGGAAUCACUACAACUCCCUUGUUGACCCACGGCGCUUGACAAUUGGUGCAGGACUUGGGUUCAGUUGUCUUCGAGGGACAAAUGUUGACAAAGAUCAAGUCAAGGCUGCCAUCAAGGCUCAACAAGACCAACAGAUUGAUAAUGCACUUCUAGCUGAGGGGCGGUUUUACUCUGAUCUGGAGCUUACUGAAAAGGAAAUUGAGUGUAUGGUGAUGGAAGUUUCUCGAGCUGAGUAUCUUGCUAAUGACAAAUUCAAGCAGCAACUUGCCCGUAAAGAUUCGUCUACUUCAGGGGCUGAACCUUCAUCCUCUGGGGCUCGGUCAUCAUGUAGUGAGAGCAAAGUAGACGGUGGGAGAGAGAGCAAUAUACAAGAUACAGUCCUGAGCAGCGGUAUGCAGAUGGUACUAUCCAUGGGGUUCAGCUAUUUGCAAGUAAUAGAAGCCUACAGCAUAUUUGGUGAUGACGUCGAUUCUAUGGUGUGUUACCUGCUAGAAACUGGGAGUAGCAGCAGAAGAAAAGGCAAAGCAACUGAAUAA